AGCUGUCAAACUCUGCCAAUCGAAAACAUACCAAACAAGAUGGCAAUUUUCAGCUCGCUGGCUCGUUCCGGCCAAUUUUCGGCCCGUUUGGGUGCUUUACUAAGCAAUCCGGCACUGUUGCAGGCAAGCAAAAAUGCCCUCACCGGUACGCGCUCGAUGUCCGGCGGCCAUGGACCGAAGAACUUUACCAUCACGCCCUCCCGCUUCCAGUGGCACAAGUUCAAGGAUCUGUUCCACUACUACAUCAUGGUCGGGCUGAUCCCGGUCGGUGCGGUUGUGUUCUACGCGAACGUGUUCGUCGGCCCGGCCACCCUGACCGAAACGCCGGAAGACUACACGCCAAAGCACUGGGAGUACCAUCGGCAUCCGAUCACGCGCUUCAUUGCGCGGUACAUUCUGCCCAACCCGCAGCAGGAGUACGAGAAGAUGCUGCACCACGUCUACGAGGAGAACGAGAAGGCACAGAUCCGGGCGCUCGAGAAGGAGGUGCGCGAGAAGAUGGCGGAGCGUAACGAUUACCAGUCGUACUAUUACCGCCCGGCCAUCGGCAAGUACCAUCGGGUGGCGAAGGAGGCCGCCGAGCAGCUGGAAGCGCUUCGUGGCGAUUAAAGGGGACGCCGGAACGACACGACCUAUCCCCCCUCCCCCCAUAACGAUGUAGAAUAUGUCGUCUAAAUAGAUGUAAAUGGUGCUCGGCAGCGAAGCGAA